GGGGUGACCCGCACGCAUGCGCACUUGGAUGAUCUCUUCUACAUCGCUCGGUGGUCAUUUUUAUUUUACUCUGAUCUGGAUUUCGGCGAAAUAUCUGCAGGUUGACGCUCUUUGACAGGAUCCUCAUCGCUAUGUUAUCCCGAGGGUUUGUGCAGGCAGCCGUGGUCCUGGUGGCGCUGCAGCUCAGUGUCAGUGCGGCUGACGGGGACGCGGAGACGGGGACCGUCAUCCCAGCCGAGAGCCGCCCCUGCGUUGACUGCCAUGCCUUUGAGUUUAUGCAGAGAGCCCUGCAGGAUCUAAAGAAGACAGCGUUCAACCUCGAUGCCAGGACGGAGAUGCUGGUGCUGAGGGCGGAGAAGAGGGCGCUCUGCGACUGCAUGGCCACCAGCUCCCUGCGCUGAUCUGAGGACGCCUCCGCCUGCCCCGACGCACUGAAAAACAACCACGCUCCAAACCCCCUCCUCAUGUUCAAUCAUGACUGAACUCAUCCACAAAUAGGCACUUUAUUUUACUUUUUCUCAUGUCCAACGUUAAUACUGUUGAUUGAAGCUAUUACUUUGUCACAAUCAGAAAUCAUGUUAUUUUUUUGGCCUUAUUGAGGACGACUUUUAUAUACCACCAAUGUCUGUGACUCAUCUCCUUGUGAACUUUUUUCUCAUUGUCAACUCUCAUCUUUCUCCCAUGAAGCACCUUUUUAUUCCUACUUUAAAUAUAGAAACAGUAGACAGCGUCUGUAAUUGUUUGUGUUGUAUGAGGUUAUUGUUUACAAACAUCGAACUGUAGCAUCACAAGUUCUUUCUUUUACUUCUCUGAAUAACAGCAGUCGUUUCAGCUGUUUUCUGGGAAUCUUGAGUAUAUUUUCUCUUAAUCAAAUACGGUUAUUUAAACCUCCAUGAGCAGUUACUUACAAAUGAAAGUAAUUUUUCAGUUAUAACUAUGAAUACUUUUCUGCUGGUAAAGACAUUUUAAAGGCAGAUAGAUGAUCAGUUGUAGGUCUUUAUUUAGCACAGCACUGUAGCAUGAAUUCACAGCACUUUCUGUUAACCUGUUAAUAUAGAUUGUAUGUAUAAAUGAUGUAUCUGUACAGGCGUACGUGUCACGGAGGUGUCUGCAGAGUUUGUCCUUUCUAGCUUACAAGGGUGCGUGCAGGAGAAGUGAUGAGCUGGACGGUAUCGGAUGUACUUCAGCAUCAGCAGAGGAAGAGAGGGAUGUAAAAACAACAGCAGGGAACAUGGAGUAGGAGUAAUACAUGUCUAAUUGUUGCUUGUUCAUGUUCAUUUUGUCACAAUAAAGCCCAUUUACUGUCUUACUGUUGUACCUUUAAAUAAAACACAUGGUCCUCUGAUUUCAUUUUAUUCUUGGAGCAUGAGUUUGCUUUGCAAGGAGAAAUAAAUCAAACUUUGAUUCAUGUCACUAAAGCCAAUAAACAAACGAUAACAUGACUUUUACGGCUGAUAAAAUUUAAAGUGUACACGACCAGACCAAGUCCUCUGCAUAGAAGGUGUAUCAUAGAAAAUAAAGUCUAGCUGACUUGUUUCGAACCUUGAUAGUUAAAAACCAUUGACUCGUGUGUCAUGUUGUGGUCAAACCUUA